AGGUCUCCCGAGGAUGGAGGAUUCGCGGGAGACGUCGCCGUCCUCCAACAACUCCUCGGAAGAGCUCAGCUCUGCCCUGCAGCUGUCCAAAGGCAUGUCUAUCUUCCUCGACAUACUGAGGAGAGCAGACAAAAAUGAUGACGGAAAAUUAUCCUUUGAAGAAUUCAAAGCAUAUUUUGCAGAUGGUGUUCUGAGCAGGGAAGAAUUACAUGAGCUCUUCCAUACCAUCGAUACGCAUAAUACCAACAAUCUUGACACAGAAGAACUCUGUGAAUAUUUUUCUCAGCACUUGGGUGAGUAUGAGAAUGUGCUCGCGGCACUUGAAGACCUAAAUCUUUCCAUCCUGAAGGCAAUGGGCAAAACAAAAAAAGACUACCAAGAGGCCUCCAAUUUGGAACAAUUUGUAACUCGAUUUUUAUUGAAGGAGACUUUGAAUCAGCUACAAUCUCUCCAGAAUUCUCUGGAAUGUGCUAUGGAAACUACUGAGGAGCAAACCCGUCAAGAAAGGCAAGGGCUAGCCAAGCCAGAAGUCCUGUCGAUUCAGUGGCCUGGAAAACGGUCAAGUCGCCGAGUCCAGAGACACAACAGCUUCUCCCCUAACAGCCCUCAGUUUACUGUCAGCGCUCCAGGCUUAUUAGAAGAAGAUAAUCAGUGGAUGACCCAGAUAAACAGACUCCAGAAACUAAUUGAUCGACUGGAAAAGAAGGAUCUCAAACUUGAACCUCUGGAAGAAGAAGUUGUUGAAGGAAAUACUAAAUCUCACAUCAUGCUUGUGCAGCGUCAGAUGUCUGUGAUAGAAGAGGACUUGGAAGAAUUCCAGCUUUCUCUGAAACACUAUGUAGAGAGUGCUUCCUCCCAAAGUGGAUGCUUGCGUAUUUCUAUACAGAAGCUUACAAAUGAAUCUCGCUACAUGAUUUAUGAGUUCUGGGAGAACAGUAGUGUGUGGAAUAGCCACCUUCAGACGAGUUAUAGCAAGACAUUUCAAAGAAGUAACGUGGAUUUCUUGGAAACUCCAGAACUCACAUCCACUAUGCUAGUUCCUGCUUCAUGGUGGAUCCUGAACAACAACUAGAUGUUCCUAGACAUUUUUCUUGGGUUCCAAGUGCAAAACAAGUAUUAUCUAAAAUGUGAAUUAAAAAGUUCUCUAUAGUUAUUCAUCUGCUCUAUACUUUUAAUAUAUUUACUCUAAGAUGUGUAUUCUUCUAAAAUGUCUUCUGUAACUUUACCUUUCAUGUGAAUUUUAGCUCAAUUUUCAAAGUUCACUAUUAUUCUCAAUAUUUGCUGUUUUGCUACAUUGUAACCUAAAACCCUUUAGUCACAAAAUCCUAAUAUGUGAAAACAGUGUACAUGUAAAGAAGCAAAAUUGUGAAAAAGAAAUUGUUAUGAUAAGGAAAAAUUUAACGUGGGAACUUUUAGAUUAUUCAUAGGACAGCUUUUGUAGAUGUGUCAUAAACUAUAAAGGUUAAAGCAAUGUUUUUCUGAUUUUUACCUAACUGAUUUUCUAUGAGUUUAUUCUUCAAUAAUGCCUACUCCAUUUCCAACGUGUGAUCCUAUGACUAUUUACUUUACAUUACUUAAAAAGUUAAUACAUGAUCCAAUAUGACUGGUGUCCUUAUAUGCAGAGAGAGAAACAGCAGGGAUACACAUACACGAAGAAAAAGCCACGUGAGGACACAGUAAGAAAGUGGUCAAGUGUAAGCCAAGGAGAGAGGUCUCAGGAAAAAUCAACCCUGAUAGCACCUUGACCUUGGACUUCUAGUCUCUAGAGCUGUGAGAAAAUAAAUUCCUAUUGUUUAAGCUAAAAAACAAUACAUGAACCUAAAACAACCUUGGAUGUAACCUAUAGAAUCUCUAUCCAUCUGUCAGGUUAUAAACUGGUUUUUCACAGUGAACAAUUCUGUGAUAGGUAGGGUACGAUUUAGUAAGGUAGCACCAUUAUAUCAUUUAUUAGCAUUAUAAUUCCCUGUAUGUAAGUUAAACAAAUCAGGGAGAGAGAGAGUUUUACUUUGAGAAAAUUUGGUUCAAAUUUUAUGGCAUAUCAUCCAGAGAGGAUAGAGGUGAUCCAGAGGGUUAACUUUUCUUAUGAAAAAGACACUUGCAUUUAAAUAACAAUUUCAAAAUACUUUGAAAACAAAAUUUUAACCUGAGUGAACAAAGAAUAAAUAUAUAACAAGCAUAAAACUUUAGGGAAGUAAUAAAAUAGUAGGGAAGUACUGGACAGAAAACAUCCAUCUUCCAGUUUCACCACUAGAAUGACUACAAUCCUAGUUUCGCCAGAACAACUAAAACUAUGUACCUUAUAUACUCUGCUGUACACGCUCAUAAAUCUUUUUAAUAAAAUCUACUCUGAUGAUAAACACUGUUAAUGAAAAUACAAUGCAUAUACAAUUUGUUACCAUAUUAUUCUCUAGUCCAAAUUCCUUUGAAACCACGUUUUCCAGGAAAAAUGUGAAGUAAAUUUCUCCUGUCUUUUUACUGUUUGAAAACUCAGAAGAAAG